UGGAAAAACAUCGAGUGUUUUUUAAUAAUUUUUUUUACAUAUGAGAUGAAUUUAUAAAGAUUAUUUCUUCAUACGCAAAAGCAUACAUAUAUAUUUAAGAUGCAUAUGUACGUUUUAUCAAAUUAAGAAUAUGGUUCAAGGAAAAUUGAAAGUGAAGACUAAAGUACCAGCGUCGUCAAAAAGCAAAGCUAAAGAUAAAAAUAAAAGGGGUCUUGCUAUUCAACGGCGAAACAAUGCACCUAUUCAACCUAAAAAGAUGAAAUUUGAAGAAUCACACAAGUUAAAACAGAUGAUUACGAAAACUGUCAACAAAGCAAUGGAAAAUGAACUGCGACAAAAAGCUUUAGAUGGAAAGAUGUCUCUUACAAAAAAGGAACCAUCAACUUCCCAACAGAAAUAG